UUCAGAAGAUUUUAACCAGGUAGAGGAGAAUAGGGUAAGUUGAGCCACCCCAUGUUGCUUGGAAAUGGUAAAAGAAAUUGAUCAUGUGACCAAAUAUGUAGGAGAUGGACAUCAAUUCAUGGUGUCUUUGAAAGUUAGAAGCACACGGGUGAAGGGGUUAGACAUUUAUUUACAAAAAAAACAAAAAUACAUUUUUCACUCUUGAAAGUGAAUUUAGUCUGUCAUAAGUUUUAUUUUAAUUGUGUUUAAUUGUGUUUUAAUACGGCUUAACUUACCCCACUCCUAUGGUCAACUUACCCCAUACACAGGUAAGUUGACCAUAGGAGACCACUUUUUUUGCAUGCUAUAUUACCAAGACAGUUAUGUUUACACUCAUUCUGUUGGUUUGCAGGGAUGCACAACAUCUUGAAAUAGAUGCAGAUACACUAGUUAGAGACAAAACUAUGAUUGCCUUGAUGUAGUGAUCUGAAAUAUGAAGAACAGCUCAUCUUACCCCACUCUCCCUUUACUGAAAGCAGAGAGAGCAAUGUCUCACACUCUUAAGUUACACAGGAAACAUUGCAGAGAACUGUUUUGACACCAUUGACACCUAUUAUUUUAGCACUGUUCAACAAAAGAACUUUUUGUCAUUGUAAAGAAGACAAAUGAGCCACGACAAUCAAGUCAAAUAAUCACCUUUAUUCACAGAUAAAACUUUGCUGAGAGAGAUCAAGUUAAACACCCAUGCGUGUAAAUAGAACAAAAAUAUUUACAGAGAAAUUAAAAUAAAUGAUAUAAAAUAAUCUGAACAGCUUCUAUGCUUUACAGAGAAAAAAACAGUUUGAAUCAACAGUCUUUGCAUGCUGAGAAAUAUAAAACAUUGUCUUCUGCACACUCUUCACACAGUGGGGGGUUAUUUAAAAAAAGAUAAUCUGGAAACUCAUUACCUAUCCUCUGAUGAUGGUAUUCUCAUGCAGAAUAUAUAGAUUAAAAAGUAGGUUGCGAGUAAAUUGAUGAUGUUGUUUUUUGGGCCCCAUUAAGUCUUCUAGUUCACUCUGCGUGUUUCAGCAGAAUGAUGGGCUGUAAAAAAUAAUACAUUAGUCAGAAACACUAUUUAUGGAACACUGUAUAAAGUUAGUGUUUGGUCAAAGACAGACUUACCAAAGUGUUGAAAUGUUCCCUGCAUACAGCUUUACUCAACCAGUAUGUCAAGACAAUAGCUAAGAGCUUUUCAACAAUUAGCAGCGUCAUGAUCAGGCCGUUGAUCCCUCUGCAGAGCUGUGUGAAAAGUCAGAGCAUGUGUAAAAGUUCAAACACAUACGCUUUGUAUUUUAAUAAGCCAAAAAGGAAUUCCUUUUAUGCAUUCUGGAUUUUUUCUUUUACCUGAAUAUUCUUAGAGCUUUGCAUUUGCACAUCAUACAACCACAUUGCACUGAAAAGAACAGCCACAAAGGACCAGAAGAUGCUGAUAAUGUUCAGAGAGAAGGACAGCUUCGUCUGGCAAGAAGCAGAAAUAAUGCAGGAGUUCAACAUCAUACAAGCCAUUAUUGUUAGGGACCCUGAAAAAUCCAUUUCCAUUUUUAAAUCAAAUUCUGAUUCUUACAGACCAUGAUCAAAUGAUUUUAAAAUCAUUACAUUCAAUUAUUUCUUACAAAAACUAAUCAAUAAAUGUAAUAAUUUCAAUUUCAUUAACAAAUCUUCACUUUUGUCUGAAAAUCUUUCAAUUUUUUUUGUUGGCUUCCAUUGCUGAUGAUAAAUAGGAUGUCAAAUUUUAUUAUUAACUGAAAUUAACUUAUUAGUUAUUAGUUAUUCAAAAUUAUGACUUUUAGUUAUACUGCAAACCUUUCAUUGUAUUUUACUGCUUAAAAAAUCCAUAUGGUUGAAUGCACUUUUCCAAUCUGAUGUUGUGAACAAUCCCCAUUUGUAACUAAAAUUUUGGGUUUGGAGAAGCACGUCUAAAUUUUGGUUUUAGACACAGAAAUCAGUCUUGUUAGGGUUCAAUUAAGAAAACAUCCUGAGAGAAAUCCAGUCUCUAAAACUGUCAUUGCUACCAUGUUUUAAAGGUGUUCACUAUUUAGACAAUACAUAACCCUAUUUUAAACCAAAAAGGUCAAAACCUUUGUUAAAAUAACAAUUUAAAAUUUCUUCAGAAAAAUGUAAUUUUUUAAUAGCUUAAUAUAUAUUUUAAUCUUACCACAUGUAUGUUUGGAAAUCGUCCAGCAGCAUAGGACAGCAUACCAGAGACCACAAACUGAGAUAAAGACCAAAAACAUAAAUAUAUUUAAAAAUACAUACAUCGUGAGGCACAGGAAUGACACACUGACCAUCUCCUGAUAAUACAUUUUGACAGAAUAUAAGAAAAGUCUGGGUGAGAUGGUGAACUAUCAUUGCUCUCCUGCGGCGACAUUGUCAUAGUAACAGGAAGUUGAGGAUUAGAUGUGCACCAAAGAUUAACUUUCUUAAACAGCAGCUGUAAAAGCAAACGAAGAGUGGAAAUACCUGAAGAAUUAGUUUACUAUUUUAUUUUCCCAAUAAAUAAAACUGAAAGGGUCUCUCAAAAAACUCUCUACUUUCAGUGUGAAUACAUUUAUCUGCAUUUUUCUUUACCACAGUGCUCGGCAGGGUAAAGAUCCAGAUGUCGAACCUCACACCAGCAUCUGUCCGACCAAAAAUCAGACCCAGGGUGAGAAUAAACACCCCAGCUACAGCCUGAGCUGCCUUAGAGAAACAGAGAAAUACACAGCCUUUCAGAAAAUUAUAUUCACAAAGCUUUGUAAUGAUCUGCAAACGGCCCAACUUACUCCAAGAGAUUUAGGUUUCCCUUUGAGAGCAAACACCUUGUAGGAGUCUCUGUACACACAGUUGAACUUCUCAGGCAUCAGAUGACCCUCAGUGGUGUUCCUCAGACUCCCAAUAGGAAUGGUGAUGAUCAUGGAUUCAUCACAUACAAAUGUCUUCUUCAUCUUCCUGUAAGACGGAGAAAUCAUAAAUCCAAUUCUGCAGCGGUUUAAUCUGUUAAAUCAAGGUUUCAGGUGAUGGUUUCUUACCUUUGUUUUUCUUAUUUUAUGUUCACUCAGACCUCGAAUUCUCACUGCGUCAAAAGAGUUUGAUGAGGAAAUGACCCAAUAUGUCAAUAGGUUCUCUCUCUCUCUCUCUCUCUCUCUCUCUCUCUCUCUCUCUCUAUACACGCACACAGCACACACAAAAACAUAAACCCACAAACGCCUAACUUGCAGACUUUAAAUCUGCCAAUGAUUUAAAAAAGUUAAGACCUAAUAUUUGUACUAACCUUUGAACAUAGAUUUAUAAAGAUGUCAGUUUUUGUUGAACCAGACACUCUCUACUUUACACAAAAGCGAGGAGUAGACAUGGUAAUUUUGUAGACACUAAUGUGUUAUGGAGGAAGUUAAGGUGUGAGGUGACCUCCUCUUUUUUAAAAAGUGUUUACGAGGAAGUGAUUAUUUUGUCUCAAGACUGUGGCACUUGUUUGAGACGGACUGAAAGAGAGAAAUACAUCCUACUCAAACACAACUGGGUAAGAAUUUUAAAUCUGACAUCUUGUUUGAAAUGGACUGCAAAAAAAAAAAAAAGUUUAUUAGUGUUAUAGAAUAUGAAUUUGCAGACAUUAUAGUAUCUGCUUUUGUAUGUACUCAAUAAGACCAGAGGUUUUUGUGUAAGUAUUGACUGUUUCAACGGUAUCGAUUCUGUUUGAAGAAUAAAAUCAAACAGCUAGUCUGUCAUGUAUGUGGUGCGGUUCUAUGAUUAUUACAUCGCACCUAUUUGUAGAGGCAGAAAACUGCCCUUUGACUUAUGUAUGUAAACAUUUUAUUCAUUAUUAUUUGAUGCUGAAAUAUGAUAUUACACAAUCCAGUUUGUUUGAUAGUGAUGAAAUAUAAAUGUACACAAAGUCUUACCUGUAUCAGUUUAUAUCGGAGAUGACGAUUCUUCUCGACCCUGAAAUGAAGGUUUUGUAUCGUAUUGUAAAUUCAAACCUGCUUAAAAUGUAGAAAUCCUUUAUUUUGAACUCAUGUUGACACAUACUCAGAUUUUUCCAGUGUUUUAAAAUUCAGAGAAUUCUGUCAAAGCUAUGAUCUGCUUCUGACGUAUCAGAUCGCACCUUUUUGAUAUGUCCCACUCCACUAAAGCACAGCUGCGGUCUUAAAGAGCUUGAUUUUCUACUGUUUAAAAGUAUGAUUCCUCUGGUUCAGGAGGGCACCAUGGCUUGUGCAGAUAUAGACAUGGAUAUCCACGGCGAGGACGAGGACCUGCACAGAGCUGGGAGGAGAGAACACACAUUGGUGCGACAUUAUCAAGCUACAGAGCUGGUGCCGGGGGUCAAAGGGCCGCUGCAUGACCUGCUGCAGAAACAACCUGCUGUCCUUGGGGUAAGACUGACUGAUCUGUUAGGUGUACACAGGAAAUUUAACACGUUUAUGCAGCCAACAGACCAGGGAUUAGUUUCUUUAAUUCUCAUCAACACACUGACAUGAGGGCAGUGAUUCAUUUUUUGUCCUUUAGAGCGGCUAUUUCUACAUCUUGGUGGAGUGGACACCCCAUGUACGGAGACCACAGUACUCUUUGUGCAAGCAUAGAUUACUUACAGUAUGAUCAGCAGAGUUAUUGUGUAUCAGCAAAAUGACUGAAAAUGGUCUAUAAAAAAGAGGCUUUAACAUUUGGGGUUAGUUUUAUACAGUAAACUCAGUAAAUGAGUGGCUUUGGCUCAGUGGUAGAGCAGGUCUUCUGUCUAUUAAAGGGUCACAGAUUCAGACCCAGGCGCCAUUGUCCACCUGCUGACGUGUCUUCAGACCAGUCAUUUGACCUCAAACCACCCCAUAUACUCACUCUGGUUUCCUCAAGAGACAGCAAAUAGUUAAUUUUCCAUUUCAAACCACAGAGUCAUUUCUAACCCUUUUUAAAAGCCCUAAAUCUGAUAUGAGUGAUGUUUGAGCACUGUGGGGGAUUUGUGUGCAGUCAAACCGCUUCAAUUGACUUUGUAACAUGUUUUUCUUUUUUCAAAUAUUGAACUAAAUAUUUAUCUUUGAACAGACUACAUUUCUGGUAUGCUGGCCAGUAUCAAAUAUUCCUUUUUGCUGCUAUUAAUUGACAGAAACUACUUGAACACUCCAGUUCAGGCCAGAGCCAACAAAGAGAUAAAAAGUGCAGCAGGGCAGGAUGGACAAAAUAACUUGUACGUGCUCUGCAGAUUUUGGCUGAGGACUCAGGAAAUGGUUGGUCAGAGGGGUUUUGUGGUAUUCUACUUUAUCAGGCAAGGGUGUCAUUUAGCACUUAGAUCAUGUGAACAAUAUAGUUAAAGAAAAAAAAUGUGUCUGUAUAUGUUUAAUUAACCCACGUUAUAAAACAUCUUUAUCUUCACUGCACUGUGGUGUUGUAUGGUCUCAUCUCCUGAUUCUGUCAAUUAAAUAACAUGGGAAGUAGAUCAUGCACCAAAUCAUGUGUUAUAGCGGGGCUGGAUGCAAAAGUAUGGGACCAAUCCUUUUCCUCACUGGAUGGGUGACAUAGCAGUAGCACUACAAACACAUUGACAGAUUCGCAAUCUAUUCGCUCAUCUCCCCUAUAGAUCAUCUGUCGUCACUGUUUUGUUAUAAACUCUGAUAAACUUAUUUUAGAUCACAUCACUGACCUGCCCUGGCUCGCCUUUAAAGGAUCAGCCUUAAUCCAAAAUUAUAUGAUUUUAUGAGGUGUUGUCCAGGAUACAUGAGCAUACUCACUGCCAGACCAUUGCGAAGAAGUUUGUCCCAAACCACCUUUGUAUGCUGCCUGUUUGAUCAGACCUCCGUCUCUCCUCAGGAUGUGUGAAGAUGUGUUUACAUCUUCUAGUACUUUUAUUUUUUCAGUAAAUGAGAUUCAUGUAUCAUCUGAGCUUUAGUUUUAUGCAUUCAGUUAAUGCACAUCACUGUAAGGGUUUUUAACUUUGUGGAACAAAACAAAACCGAAGCUUAACAGAGACAUAAAGGAAGAUAUCAGCAUGACAGGCAAAUGCACGGGCUCCCACUUGCUCAUGUGUUUUUGUUCUUCUGUCAGUCCGUGCAGAUGAUGAGUGGACUCGUCAGUGUUGGAUUGGGAUUUGUCUUUGCCUUAACUCAGGAGAUGGGUGACUCCCUCAUUACGAUGUUCAGGAUUUCCUACUUGACUGGAAUAAUGGUAAGUCUUUCUUCAAACUGCUUCAUGCAGAUUUGAACAUGUUUACCGCUUGACCUCAAUGAGCUAUUUCUCUGAGUCAAACUCUUUUGUUGUUCAUGUUUUUUAGUCUUCAGUAUCAUCUGAGCUGUGAUGUUCUCCUUUGCAGUUUGUCGUUGCUGGAAUCAUUUCCAACCUUCUAUUCAAGUAUCCAGAAUUACUUCCUGUACGUAUAACUCGACAUAAUCCAAGCGUGGACAAUAAGACAGCUGCAGAAAGUGCACAUAACCUGAAUCAAAUACUGAUGAAAGUUCAUGUUACAGGUUUCCCUCAGGGUGAACUGCGGCUGCAUCAUUGUAGCAGUAGUUUCAGCUUGUCUGAUUUGUGUUGACCUGGCAAACUGGAAUCGACAACAGGAACAACAUCUGAGGGUAACACUAGAAAAUAUGACAAAAUGAUUAUUUUACAGGAUUUAUUCGGUAAGAUAUAUUAAAGUAUAUAUUGACUAAUAAAGAAAUAAUGUACUUCAUUUCAUUUUUCUCCACAGAUGGAGGUGCUGGAGCUGUGUGUGUUAGGACUCGAAGCUUUCCUCUCAGCAAUCCUCUGCUAUUGGUUCUUUAAGGAGAAACGCACCAAAUCACAAUGAUCAAACCAAUGAGAUGAUUUGAGAAGAUAUUUGAGAAUUAAAUACUGUCAAUAAUAUAUGUGUUCGUACAGCAAAGAACCACAGGGCUUGAAAUUGAUGCUCUCAGUAAAUUAAGCAAUUGCAUUGAGUCAUUUUCUGCUAUUUUGUAGCUCAAGUGCGGCUUUCCGCUCCACCUCGAUUGCUAAAUUGAAGUUGAAGCCCCUGCUGCUCAGCCAGGCUGUGGUCUGUUUCUGAUGUUUGAUGCAAACUGAGAAUGUAGGGCUUGUGGUCAACAAAUGUCAGCUUCUCACAUGUGAAAGAAAAAAAACACUUCUCCAUCCUCAACCUCUGUGUCUUUUUGUGUAACGGUAGCAGUCGGUCGCAAAGUGCUGCUCAGAGUGUAGGAAAGGCAGGGGUCUCUGUUUGUGGUUUUUACGCUCACGCUCGGUUAUCAGUGAAAAUAACUGCAACCUCUUUUCAGCCGAAUUCAGUUUGGGCUGGUAUCACAGACAGGAAGCUUAACUUGAAUCUUGGUUUUCAAUAAUCAGCCCAUAGUGGUGGUAGUUAUUUUUAUGUCGAACUGUAAUGGAAAAUAAAGAGAAAUGAAGCAAGAGUACGUUUAAAUUUUUUAAUCAUCUGUACAAAUUUUCAUAACAAAGAGCUGGUGAAAACACACACAAAAAAAAACAAGUCUGGAUUGAUCUGCCUGUUAUUUUUGUUCUUUUUAAAGAAUACAUAAUAAAAACUCAUCUACAAUAUACACACUGAUUCAUUACUACAAUGGUUCAAUUAAACAAAUGUACAGACAGCUGACGUACCAUUCUGGCAGUGUAAAUGACGGGUCAAUGUCAAAUUUACAGUUACAUUAUGAAAUGCCAUUUCUGUUGUGCUUUAUCCAUUAAAGUCUUAGUGCUCAGA